AUGGCGCCUUCAAACCAAGAGAAUGAUGGAACUCUUGCUGCGCGGUGCCACUGCCACUGCCACUUCCACUGGUUCAAGACCUUGCCUGCGAAGUCAAGGGCAAACGUUGUUACGAUUGCUGAAAAGGCCAAAAAAAUUGGCAAUGAUGAUCCGAGAAAAGUUAUUCAUGCAUUGAAAGUAGGUCUAGCAGUUACUCUGGUUUCGUUAUUCUACUACUUUGAACCACUUUAUGAUGGUUUUGGUGUCAAUGCAAUGUGGGCACUUUUAACUACUGUAAUUGUUUUUGAAUUUUCUGUUGGUGCGACAAUGGGAAAGGGAUUAAACAGAAUGAUGGCAACAUUGGUAGCUGGUGCUCUGGGACUUUUAGCCAAUUGGGUGGCAACCCUGUGUGGGAAGACAGGGGAGCCAAUAUUACUUGCUACUUUUGUCUACAUAAUAGCGGCAACAAUAACAUUUAUUAGAUUCUUUCCUGAAGCGAAGGCGAGAUAUGAUUUUGGGCUGCUAGUAUUCAUCCUGACCUUUUGCUUGGUAUCUAUUUCGGGUUAUCGAGAGGAUGAAGUUCUUGGCAUUGCCUUGAAGAGGAUAUCAACCAUCAUCAUCGGUAGUUGCACCGCCAUGAUAGUGUGCGUUUGUAUCCGCCCUGUUUGGGUAGGAGAGGAUCUACACAACCUUAUCGCUUCCAACCUGGAAAAGACAGCAAAUUCUUUGCAAGGUUUCGGAGGUGAAUACUUUGGAGUAUCUAAACAAGAGCAAGCCAACAAUGAUAAGUCAUUUCUUCAAGGAUACAAAAGUGUUCUUACUUCCUCAAACAGCGAGGAGACAAUGGCUAGUUUAGCAACUUGGGAACCACGCCAUGGCCGGUUCAGAUUUCGCCACCCUUGGAAACAGUACCUCAAAGUUGGAACCUUGACUCGUCAAUGUGCAUAUAGAAUUGAAGCUCUUAACAGCUAUCUUAACUCCGAAAUCCAAACUCCUUUGGAAAUACGUAAAAGAAUUGAAGAGCCUUGCAUGACAAUUAGCACGGAAACGGGAAAGGCAUUGAAAGAAGUAGCAUCAAUAAUGAAUGAUAUGAUUGAAUCGACAUCUGCUAAUAUCCACCUCGCAAACUCAAAUAGUGCAGCUGAAAAUCUGAAGUCUGUGCUCAAAACAGAAAUAUGGGACGACACUGAUCUCCUAGAGAUGGCACCAGCUGUUGCAGUCGCUUCUCUUUUACUAGACAUUGUAACAUGCACGCAAAGUCUUGUUGAAGCUGUUGAUGAAUUAGCCUCUCUCGCACGGUUUAAGAAGCUAGACUCAACAAUGACGCAAGAACAACGAAAUUCGUUUCGCAGGGGUACAGUGCAGCCAAUAUCUAAUGAUGAUGUACAACAUCAUAUAGUUAAUCUUGCGGAAUAA